UCUUCUUCUGAAAUCGGACAGAGAAAUCUCCGGCGCCGUCGUAAAUCUCGUCUAGGUCUCUCCCUUCUCUCAGUCUCGAUCCUUCUCUUCGCGAAGUUCUGUAUGUUUUUUUUCUUGGAGCUUUUCUCCGUGUGAUUGUUGUGUCCUGAGUUGAACUUCUAGACAGUUACCUGCGUUGGUUUUGGCUCGUGCAAUGGCUACUUUUGGUGCUGCGGCGACUUCUAGGUCUAACCCUAACAAAUCCUACGAGGUGGCUCCAUCUCCCAGCGACUCUGUUUCAAGCUUAAGUUUUAGUCCAAGAGCUGAUAUUCUUGUGGCAACUUCAUGGGAUAAUCAGGUCAGAUGCUGGGAAAUAGUACGUAGUGGAACCAAUGUAACCAGCAAUCCAAAAGCAUCAAUUUCACAUGAUCAGCCGGUUUUAUGCUCUGCUUGGAAAGAUGAUGGAACAACAGUCUUUACAGGAGGGUGUGACAAGCAAGCAAAAAUGUGGCCCCUGUUGUCAGGUGCUCAACCUGUAACUGUUGCUAUGCACGAUGCUCCUAUUAAAGAGAUGGCUUGGAUACCCGGAAUGAAUCUCCUGGUUACUGGAAGCUGGGAUAAAACAUUGAAAUAUUGGGACACAAGACAAUCCAAUCCAGUGCACACCCAACAGCUUCCAGAACGCUGUUAUGCAAUGACAGUAAAACACCCUCUAAUGGUUGUUGGAACUGCCGACAGAAAUCUGAUAGUCUUCAACUUGCAAAAUCCUCAGACGGAGUUCAAGAGAAUUACUUCACCCCUGAAGUAUCAGACGAGGUGUGUUGCUGCCUUCCCUGACCAGCAAGGCUUUUUGAUUGGUUCAAUUGAGGGAAGAGUUGGUGUGCAUCACCUGGAUGAUUCGCAACAGAGCAAAAACUUCACUUUUAAAUGCCAUAGGGAUGGCAAUGAGAUCUAUUCUGUGAACUCUUUGAACUUUCACCCGAUGCAUGGCACAUUUGCCACUGCUGGGUCAGAUGGUGCUUUCAAUUUCUGGGACAAGGAUAGCAAACAGAGGCUCAAGGCCAUGUCGAGAUGCAAUCAGUCAAUUCCUUGCAGUGCGUUCAACCAUGAUGGCUCAAUAUUUGCAUAUGCGGUAUGUUAUGACUGGAGCAAAGGUGCAGAAAACCACAACCAGGCAUCCGCCAAGACCAACAUCUUCCUUCACCUCCCUCUGGAAAGUGAAGUUAAAGCCAAACCCAAAGCCGGAGCAGCGACCAGAAAGUGAGCCUCCGUCGUUGCCAAUGCUGCACCUCCAACUUUUGGUUUGUGCAAGAAAUUCAAGAAAGUUUUUGAUGAACACAAUUCACAUUUCAUUAAAAAAAAAAUAUUUUAGUUGAAGCUCGGACCACUAGCGGAAUGAUGUUUUUACAUGUUCUCUUAUAUAUGUUUGUUGUCUUCA